GGCUGCUGUGUAAGGUUUGAUUGGAUUACUUCAUUUUUAUUUGUGUCUUGUAAUCUUACAAUCUUCGGUCUUUACUGUCUGUAUGCUGCUGUGCUGCCGUUCUCUAAAACUAGUGACCAAAUCGUGAAGUUGCUGCCCCCGAAAUUGUUUGCUCUCCUCAAUGUCUUUUCUUGUGCUUCUUACACAAAGAAGAAGGAGGUAGCGAUCAUGCCCGCGAAGACUGUCCCUGCCCCGGAGUCGGCCAUCAAGCGCGCUGCGUUCAAGCAGCAACAGACGGAGAACUUCAAGAAGGCAAUUGCUGCCAACAAGGCCGCAAAGGUCGCGCUGAAGAAGCUUGCCUACGCGCGUGGCCUCAAGUACUCCCGUGAGUACCGUUCCGCCGAGAAGAAGCUGGUGCACCUUCGCCGCCUGGCGAAGAGCCGCGGGAACUACUACCUUGAGGCAAAGCCGAAGGUGGCUGUUGUCACCCGCAUCCGCGGUAUUGCGAAGGUGGCUCCGAAGCAGCGCAAGAUCCUUCAGCUCCUGCGUCUGCGCCAGAUCUUCAACACAGUUUUCGUGCGUCUGAACAAGCCGAUGGAGAACAUGCUCCGUGCCGUGGAGCCUUACAUUGCGUACGGCUACCCUUCCCUGCGCACGGUCCGUGCGAUGGUGUACAAGCGUGGGCACCUGAAGGUCAACGGCCAGCGCGUGAAGAUCGCCGACAACAAGAUGAUCAAGGACAAGUACAACAACGAGGACAUUGUUUGCGCCGAGGACAUCGUGAACCAGAUCUACACCGCGGGCAAGCACUUCCGCACCGUGACGAACGGAAUGUGGCCCUUCAAGCUGUCGCCGCCCACCGGUGGCAUGCGCCAGAAGCGUCGCCACUUUGUUGAGGGCGGUGACUACGGCAACCGCGACACCCUCAUCAACCGUUUCCUCGCCCGCAUGAUUUAA